UCUCAGCUCGAAAGGACCGCUGGCGCUGAGUGACAGGAUGGAGGACAUCUGUUCUGAACUCACUGCACCCGCUACUUCAGUGUCUGCUUGUACUUUGGAAGUUCUGCGCGUCUUUUGACAAAAACUAGACAGUCGGGGGAAUGAUAUACAAACCUCUGUGCUCAUAUUGUUUUGACACUCGUGAAGGUUUGCAACAUGCAGAGUGUGUUGUAAAACUUAAACACCGGGUGAUUGGGAGGUGUUUUUAUUUUCCACGUGGAUUCAUCGACAGCGUUGUCGCCUUUUUUCCAACAAACUGCGAAGCUGUCAGUGGACUGUGUAGUUGGAGAAAAGGACGGAACACGAUGCAAACCCGAUUUCCAAGUGCUGCUGUCCCCCCCGAACAUGUGCAACACGUUACCGCCCGCACACACCAUCCCACUGACCAACAUUAACCGCGUCUGAAUCUGGUUGAAACAUGUUUAUUUUGUGGGUCCCCGUUAGUUUAUUCCUCGGCUUCAUAAUUUCUCAGACGUGGAGCGUUCAGAUGUCGUGGGAUAACUGGAACGCCGAGCUGCGCAACCGAGGGAAUGAGUAUGAUAAACAGAGCUCUAAGCCGCACAUCAUUUUUAUCCUGGUGGAUGAUCAAGGCUUUCGGGAUGUUGGGUACCAUGGCUCCGAGAUCAAAACCCCGACUCUGGACCGGCUGGCAGCUCAGGGGGUCAAACUGGAGAAUUAUUAUGUGCAGCCCCUCUGCAGCCCGUCUAGGAGCCAACUCAUGACCGGCAGGUAUCAGAUCCACACAGGCCUUCAGCACUCCAUCAUCCGAGCUACCCAGCCCAACUGCCUACCCCUGGAAAAUGUCACCCUGCCCCAGAAGCUCAAGCAAGCGGGCUACUCCACCCACAUGGUGGGUAAGUGGCACCUUGGCUUCUACAAGCGUGGCUGCCUGCCCACAAAGCGUGGCUUUGACACUUUCUUCGGUUCCCUGCUCGGAAGCGGGGACUACUACAGUCACUAUAAAUGUGAAGGGCCUGGUAUGUGUGGCUAUGAUUUGUAUGAAGGGGAAGAGGCAGCUUGGGAACAGGAUCGUGGCUUGUAUUCCACCGUGAUGUUUACUGAAAAGGCUAUCAACAUCUUAGCCAAUCACAAUCCUCGCAGACAACCCUUGUUUCUAUACUUAGCAUAUCAGGCGGUUCAUUCCCCACUUCAGGUUCCUGCCCGCUACCUCGAGCGCUACAAGGGUAUUCCAAACUUGCAUCGUCGUAAAUAUGCUGCCAUGGUGUCCUGCCUGGACGAAUCGAUCCACAACCUUACGUUAGCGCUAAAACGCUAUGGUUAUUAUGACAACACAGUUAUAGUGUACUCCUCAGAUAACGGAGGUCAACCUUUAGCAGGUGGAAGCAACUGGCCCUUGAGGGGGAGUAAAGCCACCUACUGGGAAGGGGGGAUUCGGGCGGUGGGCUUUGUUCACAGUCCCCUUUUGGUAAACAAAGGGACAAAAUGUCGAUCUUUGGUCCACAUCACUGACUGGUUCCCUACUCUGGUGACCCUGGGUGAAGGGACUUUAGACGAAGAUCUAAAUCUGGACGGGUACGAUGUCUGGGAGGCUAUCAGUGAAGGCCGCCCAUCUCCUCGCCAGGACAUUCUUCACAACAUUGACCCAAUCUAUAUCAAAGCCAAGAACGGUUCGUGGAAGGCCGGGUAUGGCUUAUGGAACACAGCCAUCCGAGCAGCGAUCCGGGUGGGCCACUGGAAGCUCCUGACGGGUGUCCCCGGUUACAGCGACUGGGUGCCCCCGCAGACCUUCUCCAACCAGCGACUAACCAAUCGUUGGCAUAAUGAGCGUGUACGUUGGGACCGGGGUAAGUCCAUCUGGCUGUUCAACAUCACAGCCGACCCUUAUGAGAGAGUGGACUUGUCCCAACGAUACCCUCACUUAGUGAAGAAGAUGCUAAUACGGCUAGCGCGGUACAACAAGACUGCAGUGCCUGUACGCUACCCGGCUAAAGACCUGCGCUCCAACCCUCAAUACAAUGGGGGCGUCUGGGGACCCUGGUACAAAGACGAGAGGGGGGAGCCAGAGGAGGAUGAGAGAUACAAUAACUUGUUCAUCAACCAUCUUGGAAAAAGAAGGUGGAAAAAGAAAUCAAAGAACAGAAAGUUGAAAAGGAAGGUAGAAGAGUAGCCUACCCCAUUUGUGAAAAACUUUUCUCAGGGAUUGACACUUCUCCUUUCAGGAUUGUUCUCUUCAGACGAUCUAAAUCCAGUUAGAUUUAACUUGAAUCUACUAUACUGUAUGAAAAACUAUGGGAAUGAAACUUGUGAAAUGCUUCAAGAGAAUAAGAAAAAACAUCCUCUCAUUCAAACACUGUUGUCAUGCCCAGACACAACUAAGACCUCAUGUUAAUGUUAGGGGCAUUUAAAGAAUGUUACUUUUUCUAGAUUGAUUUGCAUGCUUGAACUGUUGUCACCUUUUGAUUGUUCUUAGACAGUUGCCAUACAUUUUGGGGACAGAGAAAUAAAGUAAGACAUAGCUCUAUUAUGUUGGUGAUAGCAACGAUACAGUAUCGUGGAAACGGAUGUAGGAUUUAUGUAAAGUGAUAUUGAUGUAUGUUAGUUUAUUAAGCACAGUCUGUCUAAAACUUUAGAAUAAUAGAUUUUGUUCCCUCUUUUAGAUGAUGUCUGGUCUGGCUCAAGGCCGACCUGAAUGUAAGACAAGCUAACAAAAUAAAAGCCCCAGACAAAAAGCUCUUGGUUUCCAACAAUCUUUUAGGCUCUGUCUGGUUUGAGUUAAACCAGCCAGAUUAACU